AUGGUGGCUGUCGAAGGCAAAACCUUCACAACAGAACCUCCAACCACCGAAAACCACCACAAAGAACCCAGUCUAAUCAAACUGAGAUUGUGGACCUCAAGAAACAACUCACCAAAUCCACAGUUUGCAGCUAGGGAGAAAGAGCUCAACGAUGCGAAGAAACAAAUAAAUGAACAACAAGAGGAAAUAGCAGAGCUUUACAACCUUCAAGACUGUUUAGAACAAUAUACCAGGAAAAACUCUCUUGAAUUCCAUGGAAUUCCAGAAAGCGCGUACAACUCCACAGAAGAGGCCAUCCUAAAAGUAGCAGAGACACUAGAGGUUCCUGUCAGCCUCAGUGACAUUGAAAUUUCCCAUAAGUUAAAUACUUGGGGCAACAAAGCAAUAAUUGCAAAAUUUAUUAGUCACAAAGCCAAGACAAAUCUCUACAGAGCUAGAACAAAACUUAAGAACAUCAAACUGGCCGACCUCUUCCCCAACUCCUCCUACGCAACGAAAGUACAGUCGACAAGGAUCUUCAUCAAUGAAAACUUAACUUUCUAUCAUCGCCACAUCAUGUCUAGAGCUAACGAGAAACAUAGAGAUGGCAAACUAGUGAGUGCAUGGUCGAUGGAUGGAACAAUUUACAUGAAGACUUCGCCAGACGGGAGACCCAUCAAAAUCAUUGAAUUAGAGGACCUCAAGAAUCUGUAGCCUGCUUAGAAGUAUUUUGGGAGAGGGGACAGACUCUGUCUGUUUGGAACUGUGACUUAUCUCUUUACCCUACUUGAAAAAGGUUUAGGUCCUUUUGUGUUGUUGUGUGUAUUUGUUUGUGUGUGUUGUCUGAUUUGUUUAUACUUUAGUGAGUUUUUGCAUUUUUUUUUCUCAUAAUUUAAUUCCUUUUUUUCAUUUCUAUCGAGUAAUAUGAAUACGGGUAGUGUGUCCAAAUUUGACGUCUUAUCAUUAAACGUUUGGGGAAUCAGAGAUCAAAUCAAGAGGAGAAGUAUAUUUUCAUACCUAAAAGAUCAAAAGCAAACAUUUAUUUUUUACAAGAAAUAUAUUCAGAACAAGCCGAUGAAAAUAUUUGAAUAAAAGAAUGAGGUGGCGAGCUAUUUUUCUCACAUGGCACCACGCAUAGUAAAGGUGUCUGUAUUUUAAUUAAUCCCUUUGUACAACCAAAAGUUGAUUAUUCUUAUGCCAAUGACUCAGGCAGAAAAGUGCUCAUUACAAUCACUCUUAAUGGACAAAAACUAUCACUGUGCAAUAUUUAUGCACCUAAUGGCCAGGUCAAUCAACUCAUUCAAUUCAUGCAAGAGCUCAACACUUGCAUAAUCGAUUAAUCAGAGCUCACCUCGCUAAUUGUCGGGGGAGACUGGAAUUGUACUUUAUCAAAAAAAGAUAAGAUUCGAGGUGCACCGUGGAAACCGUCUAGUUACCGUAAUCUCAUUCUGACGACGAUGGAAAUGUUUGACUUAGUGGAUAUUCAAAGAAUGUGACAUCCAAAGUUAUGCAAAUUCAUGUACAAAUCAAAAUCUGUUAAACUUAAAUCUAGGAUUGACUUUCUCUUAAUUGCAAAAACUCUCUCUGGGGAUGUAAAGAAUUCGGAAAUUUACCAUGCUAUUGCACCUGACCAUAAGGCAAUUUAUAUUUUGCUAUCUUGGCCCAACAAACCUCCUCAGGGUCCAGGACUCUGGAAAUUUAACAACACCCCAUUGAAUGACAUGCAGUAUGUGAGUAAGGUUCGUGAUACAUAUGCUCACGCGUGCAGUUAUUAUAACUAUGUGAUGGAUAAGAGGCUCUUUUGGGAGUUAAUGAAAAUGGAAACAGAUCUGCAACUAUUUCCUCUUCCAAAAGUAAAGCAAAAUGUAUCAGCAACUGAGAACAGGAAUUAAGACGUAGAAUAGACCAACUUGAUGUUAUUAUCUGCAAUAAUUUUUCUUCUCCUUACAUCGAUGGAGUACUAUGGGAGUAUGACGGACUGAAAACGGAACUUAAGUCAAUUUACGAAGAAAAAAGAAAACAGGCAAUGUUUAGAGCAAAAUGCCGCUGGAUAGAAAAUGGUGAACACCCAACAAGGUAUUUUUUCAAUCUUGAAAAAAGUAAUUACUGACAACAAAAAAACUAUCAGUGAACCUCGAUUACCAUAUGACUCUAUUACGUGCAACAAGACAGUGAUUCUAGAGCAAAUUAAAGAUUAUUAUAGAAACCUAUAUACCUCGGAUUUAACCUUUUCUGAAACUGCGUAUGACAAAUUCACUGAAAAUGUUGAAUCGCCUAAGCCUUCAGAAGACGUGCAAGGAACCUUGGAGGGUCCACUUACGUACAAAGAAUGCAAAAGGAUACCAGAAACCUUUCAGAAUGAUAAAGCACCGGGGGAAGACGGAUUUACCGUCGCAUUUUAUACCUAUUUUUUGAUCUUUUAGGUAACGAUUUAAUAGCAAGUUUCAACAAAGUGCACGAGAAAGGUGAACUCUCGAUUUCACAACGAAGAGGAAUAAUUACUUUAAUUCCAAAAGAAGACGGGUCACUCCUAGAUCUUUCAAACUGGAGACCGAUUACAUUGCUUAAUGUUGAUCUUAAAAUAGCGUCAAAAGCAAUAGCCAAACGCAUUGAACCAACACUACCAAACCUGAUCCACUCUGACCAAACAGGCAGGGA